AUGUGGCAUGAGGCUCGUCGUCAGGAGAAGAUCAUGCGGGCAAGGAUCGUUGACUGCUCGAAAAGAGCCGAGAAGCGUAGGAGAUUCUACGAUAGUGUGCGUAAAGAUCCCGAACAGUUUAUGCAAUUGCAUGGCCGCAAGUGUAUAAUACACACUGAUAGAAGUAUCGCAAAAGCUGCAGAGGACAAGAAUAUAUUACGAAAAUGGCAGGGUGACCCUACUGUACUAAUAGAUCGCUUUGAUGUACGGGCUCAUCUUGAUUUCAUCUCACCUGUAAAGAAGAAAAGUGUCGAGCCGGACAGUGAGGAUGAGAAACAAGAACUAAUAUGUGAUUUCGAACGGUACAGAGUGUUAAUAAUUAAUGAAUUUCGCGACGUCUCAGAGAAGGACUACUUGCGCAAAAUAGCGGAGAAGGAGUUUUGGAGAAUUCCUAAGGAUGAACAGCUCAAGUCAGAACACGACAAAAAGAAAAAGUCCGCUGAAUCGAAAGCUUCGAUUGGAUUCACAUACGAAAACUCAGUUGUGGUGAAAAAGGAAGCUGAAGACACUGAAAUGAGUGACGAUGAAACUGACAUCGAGCAACCAGAAGACAUUGAUGUGGAGCUUGAUCUUCGUGGCGCCGAUGCGGAAUCCCAGAGAAGAGUGAAUUGCAUUGGAGAAGCUUAUGGUGUUCGUCGUGGCAGUUUUGCGGGACUUCUGAAAGCAGAUGCUGUCGCGCGUGCCGAGACAGCCGAGCUGCGUCGCAUCGACCGUGAAAAAGCAGCUCUCGCUGGCAGAGAUUCUAAACAUGAGCGGUUGCUCCUGAAAAAACAAAGAGCACUAAUUGUUGGCAAAGGAUGUCCAGAUGAAGCCACAGUUUCACUGCUCAGUUUUGUCGAAAAAUCGACGGCUCUAAAAAAAUCCAUUAUGGAAUCGAGUUCAUCAAGCGAAUCUGAAGGUGAUGCUCGACCACAAUUUAUAACUACGUUCGGUGGUGAUGAAAGGAAAGAUCACGCUCAAAAAGCGUUAGUUCUUCAAGACGUUGGUCUCGCUCUCGAUCGCAUGAAAGGCGCCGGUCUCGUUAUUCCAGAAGCCGCAGUAGGGAUCGUAAUCAUAGACGACGAAGUCGUUCACGAUCUCGUGAUGGAUACAGGAUACGCGCGACAAGUCCUGACAGGUGGUAAUACUAAUCUUCAUUUGUAA